ACCUCCAUCUAGCCACACCAUGUGGGUUUGUAUGCUCUGCCAGGUCCCAUGGUGUUUCCCAUGUGCACAGCCUUCUCCAGCGGGAGGCAGCAUCAUGACCAUCGUGUCUGCCACUGUCUUUUGCCUCGGACUGUGUCUGGACCAGGAGACCUACCUGCAGACAGAGACACUGCCCAAACCCACCAUCUGGGCGGAGCCGAGCCCUGUUGUUGCUCAGGGGAGACCUGUGAGCAUCUGGUGUCAGGGGUCUAAGGAAGCUAAAGGGUACUACCUUCACCGGGAGCAGGUCCUGCAGCCCUGGAGAAAAAAGUUUCCACAGAGACCCAGAGGCAAAGUCAAGUUCCACAUCCUGCUCAUGACCCAAGACCUUGCCGGGAGAUACCACUGCAGAUAUCAAAGCCAAGCAAGCUGGUCCGUUCCCAGCAAGCCUCUGGACCUGGUGGUCACAGGAAUGUCUGACCCACCCAGACUCUCAGCUUUGUCAGGCCCCAUCGUGGCCCCAGGAGAUGGUGUGACCCUGCAUUGUGGCUCCUGGCAGGGAUUCAACUGGUUUUUUUUGUCUAAUGAAGGCGGAAACGGCAACUUCAAAAGCUUGGCCUCACAGCAUCGAGCUGAUGGGUGGUCUUGGGCCCUUUUCGCUGUGGGGCCUGUGAGCCCAAGUCACAGGUGGAUGUACAGGUGCUAUGGUGCUUUCUCAGGUUCUCCUUAUGUGUGGUCUUCCUCUAGCAACAUCCUGGAGCUCCUGAUCUCAGGUGCUUCUAGGAAACCAUCCCUCUCCGUGCUGCCAGGUCCCGUGGUGGCCCCUGAAGACACAGUGACCCUCCAGUGUUGCUCUGAUGUCAGCUAUGACAGAUUCGCUCUGUCCAAAGAUGGGGAACAGGAGCUCCCCCAACAACUUGGUUGGCAGCCCCAGUUUGGGCUCUCUCAGACCGACUUCUCUCUGGGACGGGUGAACAGUUCCCAUGGGGGCCGGUACAGGUGCUACGGUGGACACAGUCUCUCCUCUGAGUGGUCGGCCCCCAGCGACCCCCUGGACAUCCUGGUGGCAGCUUUGCUCCCCCAGAACACGUCACCCACUCUGUCAGCCCAGCCGAGCCCCACCGUGGCCCUAGGAGAGAAUGUGACCCUGAGGUGUCAGACUGGGAGCUUGUUUGAUACAUUUCUUCUGCUCAAGGCAGGGGUAGUCGGCCCCCCUCUGCACAUCAGGGCUCGGUCCCAUGAUGGGGUGUUUCAGGCAAACUUCCCGAUGAGCCCCGCCACCCUGGACCACGGGGGUACUUACAGGUGCUAUGGGUCACUCAACAGUGCCCCCUUCCUGUUGUCACAUCCCAGCAACCCCCUGGAGCUCAAGGUGGAAGGGACUCCUGUUACUGUCACCCCAUCAGUGCAGACCCCAAAUGCCACAAGUGGCACUCAACACCCAGAUUACACAGUGGAGAAUCUCAUCUGCAUAGGUCUGUCUGCACUGGUCCUGGUGGUGCUAGGGGUGUUGGUGUAUCAGGAGUGGCACAGUCGAAGAGGGUUCUCAAAGGUGAACUGAAGAUGGAGCAUACACAUGCCUCAGGAUUUGCAACAGAGACUUAGAUCAAAACCACACAUGCAAGGUAUGAUGACAAUGAAGGUUCAGAAAGUUGGAGCCACAAACAGUGUGAACUCGGUGCUGAGGACAAUUGAUAAACAAUUGAUACGGUGUGAUUACUGCUGAAGG